UGAAUAAGUUUCUCUCUACCUCUUAUGCAGUAUAGUGGUGGUAUAGACGUUUGAUUGAGCUUGGAAGUAUUUUAAUGUCCUAUUGCUGCAUCGUACAAAAGUAAAAUAUGGCUACCACUAAUAAGGUAGACAAUUCUCAAUCCAAUGCAAAGCCUGGCGAGGACAAUAAAGACGAACCGUGUAAAAUUUGCUGCAACGAUUACAAAGACUUGGUUUUAAUUGGUGAUUAUAAUGCAAGGUGUUAUCCUGUACAUAAAUCUCUAUUGAUCAUAACAUCUGGAUAUUUCCAGAGUUUUUAUUCACGAAAAAGUUUCGUUCAACGUGAAUUUGGCCCAAUCUAUAUCACUGAUGUCGAGCCAUCUGCAUUGGUACAAUGCCUUGAUUUCAUGUACACUGGGUAUCUGGAUAUCAACUCAAAAAAUUUGCGGAAUCUUGCUGAAGCAGCUUUGGUCUUGAAGAUGUAUGGUGUAUGGGAAUGUUGCGUAGACUAUGCAGCUACUAAUGUCGCAAUGGACUCAUUUUUUGAUCUUCGAAUGAUGGCGGCAAGCACAAUUUGUGUUAAACUUCUCCAUGCGACAGAAAUAUUCGCUUUGUGUAAUUUUGAACGAUUGAUGACUCAUGAAGAAUUUGCACUUAUUGAUAAAAUACUAAUGGUAUUCCUAUUGAAGAAUAAAAAAGUCAAGAUGAUUCCUGAACAUAAAGUUUAUGAGGCUGUUAUUGCUUGGAUAAACUUCACACCAAACAAAAGGAAACAGCAUUUGUCAGAAUUACUAAAUUAUGUUGCAUUGGAACAGUUGCCGAUUGAUUAUCUGCGAGAAUGCGUUCAUGCAGAACCAUUAGUGAUGAAUGACGCAGAAUGUCGUAAUUUAUUAGAAAAAGCGUUGUUCAGUCAUAUUCAACCGGAUUUAGUAACAGAUGAUGGUUCAGAUACAUUAAUGCAAGACACCAUGGUGAUGUUUGAUCAAGGCAGGAAAGAUGUUGUUUCUUAUGACCCGUGGAGCGGAAAAUGGAAAGAUUUUGCAAUUUGUGAUUUUGAAUUUGACGGCAAAUGUAUAGCUGUGACAGUUGAAAAAUGUGUCUAUAUCAUGGGAGAAAAUGGGAGAGUUUUUCGUCUUGACACUGAUAAAAACACAUGGAGAGAGAUGGCAAAAAUGGGAACUGAACGUGGAGAUCCUCGUGCCGUAGUGUUAGAUGGAAUGAUAUAUGUCAGCGGAGGCACUGUUUCGGAGACUAACAAAUCGAUGCGAACUGCAGAACGCUUCGAUCCAAAGAAAAAUUUAUGGGAGAAGUUACAAAGUAUGAAGAAACCUCGUUCGAAACAUUGCUUGGCUUCGUCAAGAGGUUUCGUUUAUGCUAUUGGUGGACUUAAUAACAACAACACCGCUGUAAAGUUGGUUGAAAGAUGGGGUCCCAGCAGUGGAGGGUGGAUAAAUGUAGCGCCUCUCAAGCGUCCGAGAAGUGGAGCUGUAUCUGCUGUAAAAGAAGAUUCCAUUUAUAUAUUUGGAGGAACAUUUACGCCAGAUAUCUCUGUUGAAGUUCUCAACCCUACUGUUUCAGGGUGGACAACGAUAAAUGUUACAAUACCCAAGAAUUUUGUAGCCGCUUGUGUGUCUGGAGAAGAUAUUUAUGUUGUUUGUUCCUCUGAUCUAAUGGGAAAUGAAAAAUAUGAAUUGCAUUUGAUUACUUUUGAUGAUGAACCUGUAAUUGUUGAAAGAAUCGACAAUAUACAAAAAUUUGGUUGUAUUUCUGUACUGAGAUCAUAACAUCACAAAAUUUCCCUUCCAGCUAAUUGCUAAUCACAGAUUCGAACUAAACAGUCGGAGAAAUAUGGGUUUAAAUGCUUGUUCAACUUGAUUAUGGCUAGAGUUCAUAACUGUAUGUAUGUAUUAUGAUGAAUAGUUUUGUAGCGUCUUUGCUAGUGUUUUGUUUUAAUAUAUAUGAGCAGUGUGCGUAUAUCAUUAUUGGGCCAUGAUGCAAAAUCGAACUUAUAUUGUACGUUACUGCUGUAUUCUAAAUUAAUUUGAUGAAAAGCAUUCAGUUGAGUACAUACUGGUUACACAUAAAUUAACGUUUACCACAAUAGAUCUCCAGCAAUGAGUUCCAUAGUGGCUGUUAGUUAGAGAAAUCACAGGUGUUUUUCUCUUGUUGGACACGUUUAGUGGCCAUAACGAUCAUUUCAAAAUUUUGUUGUUAUUGUUAUUUGUCUCCGUCUCCAUUUUUAAAAAAUCGCUUUUCUCUUCGAAU